UUCCUAAGCUCAGAGACCAUCGCCUUGCGGACCGAAGACUCCUCUUGUCGGUACAACAUCCACGAAGACCUUCUCCGGUCGAAAUGCCAGUCGAUCGGUGCAGCCUUGAAGGGAGGAUUCGUCGAGGGUCAGCAGCGAGUGUACACUUGCAAGGACGCCUCCGAUGGCACUCUGAUACGCUUUAUCGAGUGGGCGUACAGGGGCGAUUACGCAGAGAGCGUUGGAACGGCGGAACCCAAGCAGGCACAGCCAGAGGAGGAUGGGUUGGAAUCCUCGACGGACGAGACGGCGAUCAUCGACGACAUUGACGACGGCAACUGCCCACUGUUGGUCCAUCUGGCGCUUUACAUCUUCGGAGACAAGUACCUGGUGGCAGAUCUGAAGCAGAUCGCCUUGAAAAAACUGAGAGACUGUCUGAAGCAGAUGGACAUGCCAAAGACUCUCAACAACAGGCUCGCCGUCAUCAAGACUCUACGAGUGGCGUUUACGAACCUCCCCCAUACAGAUCCGUUGCUCGCCUGGCUGGCGCAAUAUGCCGCAUAUGCCCUUCACAAGCUCUCAUGUACCGCGCUCUAUAGACUGCUAGGCGAACUACCGGAUCUCGCUUCACGCGUGAUUGCCCGGGUCGCAGCGGCCUCGCAACCGCCAUGG